AGACGACUUUUCUCCAAUGGUCCAAAGCGACAUGUCCAAGUCGCCUCCCACAGCGGCGGCGGUGGCGCAGGAGGUGCAGAUGGAACUGCUGGAGAACGCGGCUCCCGCGGGGGCGCUCGGAGCCGCCGCACAGUCUUAUGGAAAAGGAGCCAGAAGGAAAAACCGAUUUAAAGGGUCUGAUGGGAGCACAUCCUCUGAUACUACCUCAAACAGUUUCGUUCGUCAGGGCUCGGCAGACUCCUACACCAGCCGUCCAUCCGAUUCAGAUGUGUCUCUGGAGGAGGACCGGGAGGCAGUGCGCAGAGAAGCUGAGCGACAGGCCCAGGCACAGUUGGAAAAAGCCAAGACAAAGCCUGUUGCAUUUGCAGUUCGGACAAAUGUCAGCUACAGUGCAGCCCAUGAAGAUGAUGUCCCAGUGCCAGGCAUGGCCAUCUCAUUUGAAGCAAAAGAUUUUCUGCAUGUUAAGGAAAAAUUUAACAAUGACUGGUGGAUAGGGCGUUUGGUUAAAGAAGGCUGUGAAAUCGGAUUCAUUCCAAGCCCAGUCAAACUAGAAAACAUGAGGCUACAGCACGAACAGAGAGCCAAGCAAGGGAAAUUCUAUUCCAGUAAAUCAGGAGGAAAUUCAUCAUCCAGUUUGGGUGACAUUGUACCUAGUUCCAGAAAGUCUACACCUCCAUCAUCUGCUAUAGACAUAGAUGCUACUGGCUUAGAUGCAGAAGAAAAUGAUAUUCCAGCAAACCACCGCUCCCCUAAACCCAGUGCAAACAGUGUAACGUCACCCCACUCCAAAGAGAAAAGAAUGCCCUUCUUUAAGAAGACAGAGCACACUCCUCCGUAUGAUGUAGUGCCCUCCAUGCGACCCGUGGUCCUCGUGGGCCCUUCUCUGAAAGGGUAUGAGGUCACAGAUAUGAUGCAGAAAGCAUUGUUUGAUUUUUUAAAACACAGAUUUGAAGGACGGAUCUCGAUCACAAGGGUCACUGCUGAUAUCUCGCUUGCCAAACGCUCAGUAUUAAACAACCCCAGUAAGCAUGCAAUAAUAGAAAGAUCCAACACAAGGUCAAGCUUAGCGGAAGUUCAGAGUGAAAUUGAAAGGAUCUUUGAACUUGCAAGGACGCUGCAAUUGGUAGUGCUUGAUGCAGACACUAUUAACCAUCCAGCUCAACUUAGUAAAACCUCCUUGGCCCCUAUUAUAGUAUAUGUGAAGAUUUCUUCUCCUAAGGUUUUACAAAGGUUAAUAAAAUCUCGAGGGAAAUCUCAAGCAAAACACCUUAAUGUCCAGAUGGUAGCAGCUGAUAAACUGGCUCAGUGUCCUCCGGAGCUGUUUGAUGUGAUCUUGGAUGAGAACCAGCUUGAGGAUGCUUGUGAGCACCUUGCCGACUAUCUGGAGGCCUACUGGAAGGCCACCCAUCCUCCCAGCAGCAGUCUCCCCAACCCUCUCCUCAGCCGUACUUUAGCCACAUCAACUCUGCCUGUCAGCCCCACCCUUGCCUCCAAUUCACAGAGUUCUCAAGGUGAGCAGAGGACAGAUCGUUCGGCUCCUGCCCGUUCUGCUUCCCAGGCUGAAGAAUCUUGCCUGGAACCAGUGAAGAAAUCCCAGCAUCGGUCUUCCUCCUCAGCCCCACACCACAACCACCGCAGCGGCACCAGCCGAGGACUCUCCAGGCAAGAGACAUUUGAUUCAGAAACCCAGGAGAGCCGAGACUCUGCCUACGUAGAGCCAAAGGAAGAUUAUUCCCAUGAACACACAGACCACUAUGCCCCCCCACAUCGUGACCACAAUCACCGAGACGAGGCCCAUGGAGGCAGUGACCACAGACACAGAGAGACCCGGCACCGUUCCCGGGACACAGAUCGGGAGCAGGACCACAAUGAGUGCAACAAACAACGCAGCCGUCAUAAAUCCAAGGAUCGCUACUGUGACAAGGAUGGAGAAGUCAUUUCCAAAAAAAGGAAUGAGGCUGGGGAGUGGAACAGGGAUGUUUACAUCCGCCAAUGACUUUUGCCCUUUUUUUUUUUUUAAGUCUUGUAUAAGGGAACCUCAAACAAAAUCUUUGAGGUCUACAUUGCAAUCAUGUGAUCUGUCUUGUGUAUUUUGUAUUGCUGUUGCUUAAAUAGCAAUAGCAUGAAAUGAGUAUUAAUAUUUUUUUUCUUUUGUAAGUGCUAUAUAAAUUGGCCUGGUACAGCUGCAGUCCUCUGGUUGUAUAUUGAAUUAUUCACAAACUCAAACUGAUUUGGGUAGCUGCCACUUGAACAAAAUCUAUUGCCACC